AGCCAAGAAGUCAAAGACAAACUCGAAGGCUAAAAUACUCACCUUACAUCUGCACGACACAGAAAAUAAAGAACUAUUCAAAGCAGCAUUCAAAUAAUAUUCAAAUAAGACGAUAAGUUUUGACCUUACCAACAUGGCGCUUCCUGCUUUGAUUGUGAAACGGUUGCAUAAACUCUCCUUCAAAAUAAUAAUAAAACACAUUGUCAGCCAAACACCUGAUCAGUCGCACAUCACUGAAGAUACUGCAAGAUAACAUGUUUUCAGCAAAUGUCGCACGAAAGGCUGUUCUUUCUGUUUGCCGGGCAUCCCUGCGUCCAGCUGUCAGCACAGUGAUUGCUCGGGGGUACCGUGGUGAUGCCCCAGAACCGGCGGUCAUUGAGAUCCCUCUGCCUCCGUGGCAGGACAGGACAGGAGAAUCCCUGGACAUCAAGAGAAAGAGACUCCUGUACGAGAGCCGCAAGAGAGGCAUGCUGGAGAACUGCAUCCUUCUGAGCCUUUUUGCGAAGCAGUAUCUGAACACAAUGAGUGAACUUCAGCUGAAGCAGUACGACAGGCUCAUCAACGAACCCAGCAAUGACUGGGACAUCUACUACUGGGCCACAGAGGCUAAGCCGACACCUGAUGUGUAUCAGGGCGAGGUGAUGGACAUGCUCAAAGAGUUCGCCAAGAACAAGGACAUGGAGCAGCGUCUGGAUGCCCCUAAUCUGGAAUAUCUGGACAAGAGCAAUUAAAACUCACCCUUCUGUCCGAAACUGUUAUAGCAACCCGGAACUGAACUCACCUCAGACACGAGACCUAUUCGAAAUCAUUUUUAAGGUUCCUGGCAUUAAAUAUUUCUACAGUGACUAUAAAAUGCACAUCAUAUAUUGUACAGUUUGCAUGCAUGCACAUGUAAAUAAAACGUUCAACAACU